AUGAAUCCGACGAAUCCGAAUCCUCGCGUUCAACUCAUCGUUAACGCGGUGUCGGCGACGCGAUGCGCCGACGCCGUGCUCGCCCUCGGGGGGUCUCCAUGCAUGGGCGCGACGACGCCGGAGGAGACGAGAGAGACGGCGAGCAAGUCUCACGCGACGCUGGUGAACUUCGGGACGCCCACGAGCGAGGAAAUCGCAUGGGCGGCUUUGGACGCGCGCAUCGUCGUCGUAGAUCCCGUCGGGAUCGGGUUGGCGACUCGAGGGGCGGUGAUCAAGAGGUGGUUGGAGGAGCGGCGGCGGCGGAUGCUCGCGGCGCACAGAGAGUACAAAUACUCAAGUUGCGUCGAAACGCUCAUGGUGACGGUGAUCAAGGGAAAUAGAAGUGAGAUGGAGGCGCUGUUGCGACUCUAUGGGCUAGGGGAGGACGUGGCUACGUUGGGAGCGAAGAUUUCAUCCACGCCGGAUUACGAAGCGACUACUGAGAGUGAGAAAGUUCACUCCCAAAUCGCAGACGCCCUGUGUCAGCUGAUGUAUUCACUUUACCCAGUGACGGCCACACUGUGCACGGGAAAAUUUGAUUACAGAGCGUCGUGCGACUGGUCCGAUGAUGUGGGAGAGUGUGACUUUGUGACUGCGGGUAGGACUCGCGAGACGCCGUCUGUUCGUGCUUUCAGUAAGUUCUCAGGCGCGGGAUGCGUGCUAGGCGCCGUCUUAGCGACACAUUUAGCUCAGCAUAUCGGACCGGGAACGACGAAUGAAGAUGUAGUUUGGUACGUGGAAAGAGCGGCGUGUGCGUAUAGAGCUCUUGGAGCCGACAUUGAGCAAUCUGAGCCGUCUGCCGGUCCGACUUCAUUUCUAGCACGUUUCAUGGACAGGUUGGCUGAGCCGGAUAGUUUUAGGGAGACUGAUUAUAAUUAG